AGUUGAGAUUACAGUCAUACAACUACAAUCUCAACCUUCCUCCACCCAGCCAACAAUGGCGGAGGAAGAAGCCCUAAAACACGAUACUUUACCCCCAAACACUCUAAUCGCUUGGGAAAGAAUCCACCUACCUUCUCUCCCCACCCAAUUUCAAUCUCAACAACCUAUCAUCUCAUUACAAGACCCACACGGUGGCGACACACCAUGGUCAACGCCACCUCCGCCGCACAAAGACCACCACACUGCCGUCGUCUUCCCACCCACCAAUCACGAAGGCCUCAAUCUUCACCAUCAUGUUCCAGAGACACAUGUGGAAACAGUCAAACCGUCAGUUCCUGUUGUUUCAAGUGAGGUCAAAUCGGCGCCAAUUGUGCGACCCAUUGCGGGACCCAUUUGGGUUAAGUGGUGGUUUUUGCGGUUUAAGUUGACCGGCAUUGUUUCGUACGUUUGGAAUCGGUUGAUUAAUUUUCCGAUGGUUGGAUCGACAGUGGUGGUGGUGCUGUGUUACUGGAUCCGGCGGCGGCGACGGCGGUCGCGGGGAGAGGCGGUGGAUGAACUUCUUGGGGUUAUUAAGGAGAAAGAUGAGAGAAUUCAUCAAUUACUGCAUCAGAUUGCUCGAAUGAACGAAUUACUGCUUGCUUCACAUCAUGGAGUUCCUAUGAUAUCUAAGGCUACAUCUACUUAGUCAGGUUAGGGCAGCCAUAGUUGUGGUCUGAUUGACAGGGUUGCUGAUGGUAUAUAUUUCAUAUUGUAGUAUAAAGAUUAAAUGUUGGCUAAAGUCACUGAAUGAAUACUAUUGUGAAAUAGUUUUAUAUUGUAAUUGGUUCGUUUGUUUGCCAUGGUUUAGCUUCGAAUUUAAAUGUAUAAGAGCUCCAUUUGAACUAGAACACCAAA